AUGACUCCAUUUGUAUACCUAUUCAUGGAAAAUUUGAGAGUUAGCUUCAAAAACAUGAUUGGUGGAUAUAAAGGCAACUUUGUACAUGACGAUUUGCUCAGAUGGAUCGGUGAGAUUCUUGAUGUACUGAGUUUUCUCACAAAGAAAGGAAUAGUACACGGAGAUAUAAAACCUGAUAAUACAACAGUUAACGAGGACGGUGCAUUAAAACUAAUUGACUUUGAUGCGCCGUUUUCUAUGAGAAAUGGUGCUACUGGUUGUUAUACUGGUGAUGACUGUGCGCCUGAAUAUUGGUUGACAUAUCAAAUAGAUACAAAAUGUGAGGUUUGGGCUGCGGCUGCUACAUUCUACUCACUGAUUUAUACUGAUUUACCAUAG